AUGUCGUCGCAGUCAUGGAGUCUGCUCCAAGCGGACCUCCUCGCUCUGUCCAAAGAAGCGGGUCGCCGACACGCCGAUGUUCGAGAGGUACGUGGCCUGUGGCCUGUGGCCUGUGGCCUGUGGCCUGUGGCCUGUGCCUGUUCCCUGUGGCUUGUGCACUCGGCGGGCUGCGAUCGGGUGGCCGAACGGGCGUCACGGCGCUGUGGCCUCGCACGUGCAGCGCACCACAGCCGGCCGGUUCGGCGGGCAUGGAGCAGCGACUGACUUGUGCAUUGGAUAUACGCCCCGAUAGGCCGCGGAGAAGGCUUAUCAUUUGCUCAAGACGAACAAGGAACACCACGCCGUGACUCAACUCGGAGCAGGUCCGUUCAUGUUCCUGCAGCAAGCGAUGCGCAGACAGGCCACCUCGUCUUGAUCAUCCGAUCGCACAAGCUGACGUUCAGCUGUCGUGGCACGCUCCAGGACCCGAAUCGAGCAAUGCACCCCAGCCGCUGUACCAGCCCAUCUUCCUUGCCGCUGCGACCAAGAACGUAAAGGUCAUCGCCCUCGCCGUCUCGGCAUUGCAGCGCCUCAUAUCCGCCGGCGCAGUGCCCAAGGUACCUGACUAUAGUCAUUCUACAUUCUGAAUACGACCGUACUGACCGUGGGCACUUGGAUAUCGCAGUCCCUGGUCAAGCAAAUCCUCGAGACCUUGGAGCAAGUCGUUCCUCAAGGCGUCGAGAUCCAACUCAAGGUGUUGCAGACCCUCGUGUCCCUCUUGACUACGACUGUCAAUCCAUCCCACCUCGAUGGGCGAGGAGAGUGUUUGGUGCAGGGCGAAAUACUGGGACAGGUAUCUCAUCAUUCAGAGCGUUUGAGUUCGGGACGGCCGAGCUCAUCCCCUCACCCUUGACCCCUCCCCACAGACCCUCGAACUUUCUCAUCGUUUGUCGACCUCCAAGAUACCCGUCGUCGCCUCGAGUGCAUCGGCUACGCUGCGGCAGAUGUUCAUGUUUGUCUUUGAGCGCGUCGGCGAAGAGGAUGCCCAAGUCGCCCGCGCCGAAGCGAGCAAAGACCCAGCGCUCUUGGCCGCCCUACCCAGACCUUCCUUCGAUCUCGACGUACCUCCAUCGGAGCAUGAUGCUGCGGCGACACCUCAACACCCGGCAAUAGCUUCGGGAAAAUCAGCUGUCUUCGGUGAAGGCUCGACGAGCAUCACCCUCCGACCCGCAGCGAGGGAUGCCUACCUCCUGCUCGAGGAUCUGUGUCUGCUGAUUUCUGGCUCGGCCGAGGGAGGGCCAGAGGGUGAACCUUCUUUCUUGCGAUGGACCAGUCUCAGUCGGACGUUUGGUCUUGAACUCGUCGAGAGUAUCGUGUCGAGCUUUGGACCUGUCGUACGAACGGUGAGUUUGAGGUCUCCCAUGAGCCAUUGCGCAGUGUGCCAGCACGCUUACUCACGUGCGACUCGUCUCACAGCACCCCGAACUCUUGUUGGUUCUGCGAGCCCACCUCUGUCCUUUGCUCAUCCGCUUCCUGUCGUCCCCACCUACCUCUGGAGCUUCUUCGGCAUCGUCAUUGCCGACGUUCUCCUUCCCGCUCACCCUUCGCCUCACUCGCGUCGUCUUCCUCCUGCUCAAGCAAUUCGCCGACUUGCUCACCCUCGAAUCCGAAGUCUUCCUCACCAUGUUCAUCCGCGUCAUCGGUCCCGGCGACAAGGGUGAAGGCGAAGGAGGUCACCCCUCUGGACCCGGCGGUGGCAACUCACCGCUAUGGAUGCGCGUGCUCGCGCUCGAGAUCUUCCGUGGUCUCUGCGGCGACUUUGAGCUCAUGACCAAGUUCUUUCAACGCUACGACGCCCAAAACAGAACUGGGACAGCGGGAGGUGGCGCAUCGAGCAUCUUCAACGAUCUGAUGACGGCGCUGAAUCGACUGGCGACGGAGAAACCCCAUGUACUGGGGCAUGGUGCUGCCCUUGUCUAUGGAAGCUCGCUUCAACCCUACGUCGGAUCGAAUCAUGGAUCGUCGAGCGCGAGCGGGUCGGGCGCGAUGGGUGGCGCGGCGGCGAUGCUCGAUUCGGCGAUGGAGAUGGGGCUCGGUCUUGCCCAAGUCGCAGGCAACGUCGUCGGUAACAGCGUAGGAGCAGGUCAAGCGAACAUAUCGGGAUUGAGUAUCGCCUCUUCGACGCUCAAGCUUCAGUGCAUCGAUCAGCUCGACAAGGCCGAAGCACCACCUAUGCCGGAGACGUACAUAUUCCUCCUGGCUCUACAGUGCCUCGCUUCGCUUUCUGAUGGCUUCGCGACCUAUACGCUCUCGGCGUACUCGUCCAUCGUUGCUCAACAGCAGCGCAACGAAGCUUCGUCUUCGUCCUCGAGUUCGUCCACCCACGCAACGGCUCCGGGUGCCCUGUCGUGGAACUCGCUCGAUCGAUCCGAACCCAAAAUCGCGGCACUGAUGACGGUGAAAGACAUGGCCGAGACGUCGUGGCCUGCAUUCCUCGCUUCCUUCUCCUUCUUCAUCGGAACCAACCUCGACGAUGACCUCUUCGCCGACGUCGUCACCUCGUUGCAAAACUUCACUUCCGUGUGCGGUGUACUGGGCUUGACAACCCCUCGAGAAGCUUUCUUGACGUCGUUAUGCAAGUUCGCGAUCCCACCCACGGUCGUCGCGCAUUUGGCCUCCCAGGACUCGAGUACGGCCCACCCCAAGACCGCGGCGUCGGUACUCGCGAUCGGUGCAGAGUCAUUAGGGCUCACGUCUCAGGCUGUGGCUUUGCCUGUGGGGCUGAGCACGCGCAAUCUCGCCUGCUUGAAGGCGUUGAUGAGCGUCGCGCAAUACCUGGCCGGAAGUCUUGAUGCGACUUGGUAUGCCGUUUUUGAGACGUUGCAGAACGCCGACUACAUCCUCAAAGCCAAUGCGACUCGCAAUAGCAAGAAGAGGGCCGCGCCGACCGGUCCACCUGCGACACCUCCUCGAGGCAACGCGGCCAAUUCUUCGACACCCAUGUCGCCGACUUCGACCAACUUUGGCGCUUCGGGUGCUGCGUCGAUUUCGAAGUUGCCUGUUCAACCUACGGAGGCGGACGAGCAGGCCGUACAAGCGAGUAUCACUAAGAUGUUUGAGGUAUCCAAGGCGCUCGACGACGAGGCGUUCAAGUGGUUCGUCGGCAGUCUUUGUCGUCUGGACGGGGAGAUGAAUGGGAUCCCUAUGACGGAGGACGGUCAAGUCGCCGAUACAUUCGGGACGGCCUUGGCGACGCCUUUUGAUGGAACGAGUCAGAGCGUCUCGGGUGGUGCGAGACGCCUCUCGAGUGGGAUCACGGCGUUGGCGACUCAACGCCUCAGCUUGACGUCGUUCGGCGUGAGCAAGCUCGGUGUGAUCGCGUUAAUGAAUCUUCAUCGAUUGAUCUAUCGGGAUGCGAAACUGGGCUGGAACCUCGUCACUUCGCAUCUUUUGGUCGUUUUGCACCACACCUCCGCCCCUUCAACGAUCCGCUUACAAGCCGCCGAUGUGCUCGAUUCAAUCUUGCUCGCCGCACCCAAGAACAUCGCUACGGCCGAGGACACGCUUCAACGUCGAGUCCAAACCCAGGUCCUCGUUGCUUUGGCUGAACAAGCUGAACCUCAUAUGCGAAUCCAGACAUCGACGGAUAUCGAGAUUCGUCGCAUGGCCCUGGAUACGCUGUUCAAGAUCCUCGAGAACGAUGGACAUUCUUUCAUCGCCGGUUGGGAGAGGAUAUUUCAUGUCCUCCGAACGGCGUGUCCGUCGCAUUUGCAACAUCCUCCAUCAUCGCCGACGGUGCCACCGGAUGGGAUGUCGUCGUCGGGACUGGAUACAAUUUCGGAAGAUGGUGAUCGGCCCAUGUCGACGCUAUCCCCACUUCGACCUUCGACGACGACGGACCAUCGGAUCGAACCGAGCGUGACCAAGUCGUCCAAGAACUCGGUACUUGUGCGAACGAGCUUCCCUUCGCUGCAGCUCAUCUGCACCGACUUCCUAGGCGCACUCACGACCGACGAACUAAGGGAUUGUAUCGGCACGUUGGCCGAUUUCGGCAAGCAGAAAGACGAUGUCAACGUUGCUCUCACGGCCGGAGGCUUGUUAUGGGGUGUAUCGGACCACUUGCAAGCGAAGCGGAAAGAAGGAUCAAGGGAAGUCGCGCAUGGCGAGUUGUGGGCUUUUCUCUUGCAGCAACUCUUGGCCCUGUGUCAGGAUUCGAGGCAAGAGGCGAGGGAUGGAGCGAUCACGACGGUCUUUCGAUCGAUCUCGCUGUACGGCGCGACGCUUUCGAAGGCGACGUGGGAUGCGACGCUUUGGGAUGUGGUGUUCCCUCUUGUGGAGAAUGUGUCGGCUUCGAUCCAGAUGCAUGAUCGAAUGGCGUUGAAUGGGACCAGCGAAGGUGGACCCGGCGAAGAACUCGUUUCGCAAUCGAAUGGUCCUCCAAUACGCCUCGUCGAUAAACAAUGGGACGACUCCAAGACGCUUGCUCUCAAAUCGAUGGGCGACGUUUUCUUCGACUACCUCCCUCUGAUCGUCAAAACGGCUCGGUACGAAGAGACCUGGGCGAUGUUCGUCGCUUUGCUCAAACGAAGCUUCAUCGAGGAUAGACCGCAAGCUUCGACGGCGGCGAUGCAUGCUUUGGAGAAGGUCCUAUCGGUUUCUUUGGAUGGUAACGAGGCGUCGAGGAUUUCGUCGUCGUGGGAAGUCGCCUGGACCGCAUGGGAUGAGAUUGGCCAUGCGAUCGCCGCUGCUCCCUCGGCUUCCCACUCGGCUAAAGCGUACACCCAAGUCAACCUCGAGGCUUACGUGCGCGUCAUACUCCCCAUCUAUACGCCACCCUACAUCACCUUCGACCUACCCCGCAUCCUCCGCCUCCUCGCGAUCCUCAAAGUCGUCUUGACCUAUUCGCGAUCCCCCGAUUUCCGCCCCGACAUCGACUCGUUGACACCUCUCCAAGCCGCGAUCCUCGAAGUCGUAGCCGUGAUCAAACUCGAAGUACCCGGUGCAGCCUCAGCAGUCCUCUCGGACCUCUCCGAAUACCUCACCUACGCGUUCGUCGCGUCCUUUGAUGCAGAGCCUGAUGCGACGAUGGGCGGCAAGGGUAAAGGUCGUCCGAAGCAGAGGAUCACGUAUGUCGCGUUGAGUAAGGAGGUGAUGCCGCACGUGUAUUGGCUUUAUCAGAGGUAUCGCGAGGAUGUGACGGUGUAUGAUCAGGGGGCAGUGGAGAGGAUGUUGGCUGUGAGUAGGACUUGGGCUCUAGUUCGGCUUGGCAGCUACUGAUUGUUUUCACCGUUUCACGACAGGCCUAUGCGAUCCCGCUGCGCCUCAAGCACGCCUGUCCCGCAUCAGCCAAGUUCAGCUCGGCCGAACCUUUGUGGAAAACCGCCACGGUCAACUUUCUGAAAGCCGUCAAGGACUGCGUUGCUGCACUUCGGUCGUUUGGCGAUUCCGUCCUCGUCGAGCACUAUGAAGGGAUCUGGCGCCAAAUCGUCAAUGGCUUUCGAGGGGCUUUACUCGCCGAGUCGGGUCGACACGUCUCUGCGAGUUCGAAACGAGGCAACUUGCAUUCCGAGGAGAAUUUUGAUCUGGCGUUGUUGGCGACGAUCGAACAGGACGUUCUGCCGUUCAUCGGCCACGCGCUCGUUCCGGAUGAUCUCAUUCGACGCCUCGGCAAGUCGUUACAGCAAGCAAGUAGGUUGUACGAACUCGAUCUCAUAGACUCUACGAACGACCAAGACCCUUCCUCCCGCUCAAGGUCCUCCUCAAUGAGUUCCGUCGACGAUGAACUCUCUUCAGCCGCUUCGUCCAUAAAGGAAACGCGUUUCGACAACGAUUUCGAUCGACAAGCUCAAACGGGGGAGAUGCAUGGCACGACGGCGGAUUGCGUCGAAGUGGGGAGGGAGAGAUUCGCUUAUUGGUGCUUCGAGUUGCUCUUUUUGACGUGCGCGGAAGCGGAGGCCUCAAGUAAGUUUUCAAUGACGCGCAAAGCGAUAGCCUGCUUUGAUGCUGAAAUUUGUCGACGUGCAGAUCACAUCGUGGAGCGACGUCGUAUCGCGGCACUGUGCUUGCCUUCGCUUUUGAAUCGGUGCUCGGCGGUGCUCAAGACUUACAUCGUCGAUGCGCCACUGCGAGGUCGCAUGCCAUUCCCUCGGUAUGUCCCAGCGACCUUCGGCCAUGAAUCACAGCGUUGUCUUGCUGACCUGCGUCUCCUCAUCUUCGCUCCCAGCAUCCGACAAGAAGAAUUGACCUUUGUCCUACAACAUCUCAUCACCCUCCGCAUCGGUGGGGGCACCCUCUUCUCCUCGACGCAACCCGAUCCGACCUCGGCCUUGCUCGUACCACCACCCCUAACCCUCGACUCACCCUCCGGCGGACCUUCGUUGAUCCGUUCGGCGCUCUUACGUUCCCCUCUCGGACAUCUCUACGAACUCUACCCUUCCUUAACGGCGUUGUUAUCCCUCUCCAUCAUUUCUCCGUCCAUCACCUCAGCUUACAUCCCUUAUAGACGUAUAGUCCAUUCGGACCCUUCCAACACUGAAGACGAAGGCUUGCCUGGCCUUCCCAAGGGUAUUCAAUUGGGUCGAAUUGGGCGGGUGAAGUAUGAGGAAGGUCAGGAGACAGAUGUAGUGAAGUUGACGUUGGGGUGUUUGCAGAAAGUCGCGGGGGAGAUUGGGUGCUGA